UUACUGCAAAUGUCAUGAUUAUUUUAUUGGUGGCAUCUUCCAGGUAUAUUCGCUUCCCUAUGUACUUCUUCCUCAGUCAUUUGUCUUGCAGUGAUCUCAUCCUCACAACCACUAUUGUACCUGAAUUGCUCCACGUCAUAGGAAGAGAAGGAAGUACCAUCCCAUUUUAUGGGUGCUUCGCCCAGUUUUACUUCUUCUGCUUGUCAGGUAUGUCUGAGUGCUUGCUCCUGGCGGUAAUGUCCUACGAUCGAUACUUGGCCAUUUGUAACCCAUUGCGUUAUUCCUCCAUUAUGGACAUGAAGCUUUGUGUUUAUCUUGUGAUCCCACCGUGGACAUUUGGGAUACUUUUGGCUUCACCACAUAUUAUAUUGUUAAACCAGUUAUCAUUUUGUGAUUCAAACAUCAUUCAUCAUUUUUUCUGCGAUCUGGUUCCACUUCUUAAUCUUUCUUGUUCUGACACAUCGAUAAAUCACAUAGUACUCAUGGUUAUGUCUUUGCCUUUUUUAUUUCUUCCAUUCAUUUUUAUUACUAUAACUUACAUAAACAUCACUAUUGCCAUCUUAAGGAUCUCCACCACCACCGGGAGACGAAAAGCCUUCUCCACCUGCAGCUCUCACCUGACUGUUGUAUGUCUAUAUUACGGGACACUGAUAAUUAAUUACCUCGUCCCAUCUAACAAAGAAUAUUUGGGGUUGCAAAAUCUAGUUUCUGUGCUUUUUACCAUAGUAACUCCUUUGCUGAAUCCUAUUUCGUAUGGACUGAGGAAUGAACAGAUUAGAGGAGCAUUAAUAAA